UUCAGAAAACGUUUUCUUCCAGUUUGGUCCAUUAACCACAAAAAACGUGAUGAGGAGUAUUGGGACACAAGGAUGGAAAUUCAAAACUUUCGGUAAAUUUGUAAAGAGAAAUACUACGAAAUGAGAAAAGAUAUGCCUUUAAAGGAAUUUAAGGAACAUACUGUUUUACACUAAUUUACAAUUGUCUUAGUGUUAGAUAUUUAGGAGAGAUUUAAAGAAGAAAAAAAUCGUAUCGCAUCAUUCAACAGAAAAGGUCACUGAUUGCCAAACUGUCCCAUGUAUCGCAUAGCAUUUGUACCUUCUGAAAUGGUUAACUAUUAUAAUAACAUUCGAUUUUUUUAUGAUAUUGUAUUUUCAACUACAUGUACAUGUAUGUAUAUAAAGAGAUAUUCGCAUCUUUACUGGAAUAUAUUUGCGUUUGUUUUUAUCAUUGUGUCUUGUACCUUUUUAGAGCAACAGAAAGAGAUUGUCUGAUUGUUAAAUAGCUGCUGUCAAAUUUAUUACUGGAUAUUGAUCCAUAAAGUGCUUUGACUACUUAUGAGAUUGAUGUACCUUUUAAAGGUGCUAUUAAUCUCCGGAACGAUUAUAUGAUGUUAUAAACAACACUAGUCGUGCAUGUUAUUCUAAAUAAUUGGCAUGUAUUUGUAAAAAAAGGUAUUUUUUUCUCUCUGUCUCUCUUUUUACACAAUUCUUUUAAAAUACUUAUUGUCUCCUUUAUCGGUUUCGAAAUUUUAAGUUAUUCUAAAAAUAGUGUAUCAUUUAUUUUGGCGCAUCCUAAUUGUAAUUCUUCUCGAUUUAUGAAAUUAAAAACAAACAACAUCAACAUAUCUACCUGUGUUGUUUUUCUUUAAUCAUAUACCUACACUGGCGUCACAAUGUUUGCAAGAUGUCCUGCUUUACCUCCCAAUAGGUGUGAAAAAGUAUGAAGAUGAAAUACGAACCACAUUAAAAUCCAAAUUGUAAAUCAUCGUGCUUGGAGUUGACCAAGUCAAGGCAUGCUAUUCCAUACAAAUAUUUACUCUGUUGCAAACUUUGAAUCUUCCAAUAACACAGCUAUCCUUUUAUGUUUGACGAAGAAGUGGCACAAUGAUGUCAAAGUCUGUAUAAUAACUUUAAUUCAUUCGAUAAUAGAGCAAUAAUUUGUUAUCUUUACCGAGUCUUUGGUCUCAACACAGUACCAAGUAACGCAUCGAUGAAAAUAUUUUUGCUUUUGUGCAACCAACCAAUUCUCAUCAAGUAAUUAUAGACAUUGAAAUGAAAGGUAAAUAUCUUUUAAAGCAUUUAUUUUAAACAAGAAUUGAAUGAAAAUAUUUUAUUUGUCAUCGUUAGCAAGAUAGACGUGCAAUGUCUUUUGAAUGUUAACGAUUUACUGGAAAUAAAUCUGGUCACUUUGAUUGAUGAUGCGCUGUUAUAAUUGAACUCUAGGAGGGAAAUGAUCGACAAGAAAUCAAUGGAAAUUAAUAUUAAAUUUGCUUCACGUACGAAAAAUCUGUUACCUCACCUGUCAGCUUUCAUUUUCCUAACACAAAAAGAGACUUUAUAAAUGGAGUUAGAGCGCACUUUGCUGUUUUGUACGCAGAGAGAAAGGGCUUAUGCACAUCUGGUUCUUCCAUGUCAGUGAGUUCGCUGAUUGAGACUUUUGCACGCCGUAAUUCUUAGACAUUGAAAAAGAGGAUCAAACAUGAGUUUACUGGAGCGAAUGUUGUCAUCUCCAAAGGAUUACCCAAUCCCUCCACUCAAAAUAAAAGAAAAAAUUAACAACUACUACAGAACAUACAGUCUACAUGGUUCCGGAGAACCCAUGGCUGUCACAGAACCAGAGGAAAAGCACUCGGCUGUCAAAAGGAGGUACAGAAAACACGACUACAUAUCCUCUCCAAAACUCCAAAACCCGAGACUUGCACCGAUACGUUUAUUACAUGUGCCCGUCAAUUUGUUGUGGAUCUAUGAAAGGGCAAAGGAGAAACGACUAGUGAAAGAGGCUUUACGAAAACGGCGAUUUGCGAGGAAAAAGGAGAAAUCGAUAGAGAAGAUCGUUGUAGAAGUUAUUGAAAUUCCCAAACUAGAUCCGACUCCAAGAAAUGUUGUGGAGCCUCUCGUGAGAUUCCGCCGUGCCGUGAAGACGAUACAGGUCCUCCUGAAGGCCACAUUGACCAAUUCACAAGGACAGCGUCAUGAUCUUCUAUCCUGGGCUCACGAGGACACCACCUCCUCCAAAAGGGAAUAUGAAAUGUUUGGUCUCACCUUCGAUCCAGGAGACUUUAGAGCAAAGAAAGAGACCAUUCUUAGUAACGAAGCUAAAGCAAUCUUAUCCAUGGAGCCAGAGAGAAGGACUGAAGAACAGCUGAAGGUGGCGCUGUUGGCGCUUAAUCAGGGAGUGGAAGCGUUCAGCGAGUUCCCAAUUACUAUGCAGAAGUCACUUGUAAGAGUGGGGUGGUACGAACAUUUUGAAGACAAACGGGUGAUAAUAAGACAAGGCCACAUGGCGGACAAUUUCUACUUCAUUUUGUCUGGCACAGCCGUGGUCACAAUUCUUCAGACGGACCCUGACACUGGGGACGAGGUAGUUCGGACAGCUGCUGUCCUCAAAAAGGGAAACAGUUUUGGGGAAUUGGCGCUUAUGCACGGUGCCAAACGGAGCGCCACAGUCACUUGCAAGAACAGCGUGGAACUGCUAGCGGUGGGAAGGGAAGAUUUUGUGGAUAUUUUUAUGCCUAUGGAUAAAGAUCAGGAACCAGAGCAUAUACGCUUCUUACGGACGAUUCAGCUCUUGAAAGGCUGGCCAAUAGAAAAGUUGCCGUAUCACGAUCCUAAGAUAUGCUGUUUUACCUAUUUCAGGAGAGGAUUGCUGCUUUGUAAAGACAGUAAUAUUAGUGAUUGGGUCUACGUUAUCAAAACAGGAUCAUGCAGAGUUCUAAAAUCACUACAUUCCGCAAAACCAAAUAUACCAAGGCUGUCAUCCAACCAAAAAUUAUCCAAGUCAUUUCUUCGCCUGCCUCCAAUAUCCCCGCCAAAGUCUUCCAAGACGUGUUCUUCUUCAUCUACCUCCUCGUCCGACAAAUCUCCUCGAUCUGACUGCUCAUGUGAAACGUCACGCACUCGAAAACAAAAGUGUACAAUACAACACCUGUCUGACAUUCUUCACAAACCAUAUCCUGAAGAUUCAACAGAGCAAGAGGAGCACGAACGAUUGUUAGAUCAUAUCUUCACUCAAAAACACACCUACACGUCUAAAUGGGGAAAGCGAACAUCUCCUAAAGUUUCUCAACCGGAAAGUGCUUCGAAACGUCACAGGCCAGACACAGUUUACGUACAGAUACAAAAACUGGGACCCAAGGAAACUUUUGGAGUUGAACAAGUGGCUUUUGGCCAGAUUGGAAAAACUACCAGCACAAUUUUGGUAUCUGAAGGAGCCGAGUGCAUCUUAAUUAAUAGAAAAUUUUUCCAACAAUUCUUAACUGACGAAGAAGCGAAAAGAAUAAGAAGAACACUUCAACCAAUACCAUCUGAAGAGAGUCUGCAACGGAAACUGCAGGACAGCACGAAUUGGGAGGCAUAUAAAGCACUGACUGUGGUUAACCAUAUGGUGCAGCAAAAAACUCUACAUGAUGCUCACUUCUUUUGAAAAUGGAAUUCAUGUGAAAUUUGCUAUGAAAAGCUAUACUAAAUAGUCACUCACCAAGCAUUAACAAAUCAUGAAUACUACUAGUGAAGUAAGUCAACCUUGUGGUUAUUCUCUUCCUACUUUCGAUUUUCUGUGCAAAGAGAAUUUAGUUACCAAAUUGACAAAGUGACUGUAUCAUCAACAGAGUGUGUAAAAUUAUGUCUGGUAAAACAGCAGUUGUAACAUCGAGAGAGUGAUCAACUUAUCUGAUUAGUCGGUAGUCAUUUGACUGGAUGACCAAUUAUGUCUGGUAAGUUAGAAGUUGUGAAAUCAAUCGACAAAGUAAAGAACUUUGUUUGAUGAGAUAGUAGUUAUGAAAUUAAUAGACAAAGUAAAAACCUUUCUUUGGUGAGACAGUAGUUAUGAAAUCAAUGGACAAAGUAAAGGACUUUGUCUGGUUAGUCAGAAGUUGUGAAAUCAAUCGACAAAGUAAAGAACUUUGUUUGAUGAGAUAGUAGUUAUGAAAUUAAUAGACAAAGUAAAAACCUUUCUUUGGUGAGACAGUAGUUAUGAAAUCAAUGGACAAAGUAAAAACCUUUCUUUGGUGAGACAGUAGUUAUGAAAUCAAUGGACAAAGUAAAGGACUUUGUCUGGUUAGUGAGAAGUUGUGGAAUCAAUCGACAAAGUGAACAAUUUUGUCUGGUUAGUCUAGUAAAAUCGACACAAUAAACAACGCUGUCGUAUUAUACCGUACUUUGAAAAUUGAUGGACAGAGGGAAUAACCCUGUCUGGCUUAACAGUAAGCGUGAGCACUUUCUUCUUGUUUUUCAGAAGUCAACUCUGUACAAAUCUCAUGUUGACAGAGAAAUUGUAGUUAUUGGCUUUUUGUAUAAAUUGUCCAUUUUUAUGUAUUUGUAGUAUGACGGUGCCAUUUAUGGAAAAACGCAAAUUUAAUGUUAUUAGAAUUGACCUAAUCAUUAUAAACACGUAUUACAUGUUAUGAAGUGCAAUAUUUUUAUGUUCAAAAACGUAUUUUCAUAAUAAAAUUUAUUGAAAAAUA